GCUGUUGCUAGGCAACGGAACUCAAACAGCUGCGCCACUCAACGUCUCAGCUGAAGAAAGAAAACUUGUUCCAGGCAGAAAUAAUCAUAAUUGGGACAUUAUUUGACUUGUUUUGAUGCUGCAUGUGAAUUCAAGAUGAACAUGACCGACGGAAAUACACAAAGCGUUAAUGUUUUUGACAGAAGUCCAGACAUACCGACGGCUGGUAAACUAAAACCUAAAGGAGACAGAGCUAAGACCUGCUUACAAGAAGAGGCAAGGGCACCCACACCACCUGUGGUAAAGAAUUUUCGUAACAGACACCAACCAGAGCCGGGAGCUGUCAAAGUGCACAACUGGAAGGAAUAUGAUCCAGAUGUUGCCAGCACGCUCGUGCAUGGCAUCAGCACCAAAUCCUCCCUCACUGGUGGAGGCGCACUAAAUCCUCCACAAAAGACCUUGUUCGAAGCGAAGUUACAAGAGCUCAAUGAAGCGGUGUACGCCUCCAGUAAAAAAGCACCGUUGGGCAGGUCCCAUGAUCAGCGUGAUGGACUUCCCGCCUGUUAUGACGACGACACAACGCAUGGUGUGAAAACAGUUAGAGGGUUUGAUGUGCGUGAGCUUCUUAACCCUUCAAAAACAGCAGAGGAGCUGGAGAGGGAGGCUCAGGAUCAACACGAGGCUUACAUUCGAAGCCACAACGCCUAUUUUGUUGGCGAGCGCAUCGACAGGAAGUACGACUGGAGUCGCUAUAGUAAAGACAGCAGGUUUGGGAUCCUCACACCUCAUCACAACGACGGCCGUGAUCUCUGCAAAACUCUCCACUGGCUCGGGGAACCGCAGAAGUUUUACAAUCCAAAGGCAGUUUGGAAGAGAUCUGGGGACCACAGGGAAAAGAUGCUGCCACAACAUGGCAGAUUGAGAGGAAAUACCUUGAAGUUUCCUCCAGACCACACCUUUGGAAUUGUCUUGUCUGCAGAUGAAUUCGGUGUUGGAGAAGUAAUUCACUCCACUGAGCCGGGCCAGUUCGUGAGAGGCAGAGACCGACAGCGCAGUCUUGUUAACGCAGUGCAACACCACCUCAAGAAGGUCAACUUCCACAACUUCCCCUCCCUGCUGCAGGCCUUCAAACAUUAUGACAAGAAAGGCAAGGGGAUGAUUGACAGAGAGGACCUGCAGGCAGUGUGCCGACAAGUCCAGCUGGAUGUGAGCGGGCCGGUCUUGGAUGACCUGAUGGACUACUGCGACGCGGACAAGGACGGACUCAUUAACUUCUUGGAGUUUGCUAACUUUCUCAACUGGAAGGGCAAGAUGCCCAUCAAGAGCCGAGAGCAACUCCUUAUGACGAAUGAGCGCCAUACCAGCACGGCUCCAGCCAACGUAGAGAGGAAACCUUCGUCAGAGUCGGCACAGCUUCCUGCCUCUCAGGCCUUGAUUAAGCCUGAUGACCUGGAGCCUGUUGAGCCAGGCAGCUCGUUGAAGACCAUCAGAACCCUGAGGCGACCCAAAGCAGCCCCGAACCACUUCGUGACCUCCUCUUCCCUCAUCGGGGCCGCCAGUGAUCGUCCAUCAGGCAGCCGCGCCUACGGCAUCCCGUCCGUGCGCUCCGACCUUCCAGCUCCACGCCUGAGGAGAGUCAGUGACACCACCAACUACGGCGAUACAUCCACGGCUGGGGACCUUCUGCAUCCAUCAGUUCACACACUCAGGGGUGUUCAUGAGAAACACUUCUUCUGUCCCCGCACCAAAAAGGAGAUUGCAGAGAUCUUCAGGAAUGUGGGCGUGAACAUUUCUGAGGAAGUAUUCGAGGAGGCCUGGAGGCUGGCGUCCAUGAAGCAUCCGGCAGGGGAAGUUUGUGUCGAGGCUUUCCGUAACGUACUCAUGGAAAUAAAAGUAAUGUAAAACAC